CCCGACGCGUCCACCUCGCUCACUCGGCUAUAUAUACGCGCGCGCCCCGGACGCCGCCUCGCUACUCUCAACCAGUCGUCCACUCCCCCCACAACGACCGCCGAGCCAGCAGCAGGCAGCAGCUCGCCGGCCGCCUUGGUCCCGCAGCUCGCCGCUCGAGCUACCAGCCUCCUGAGCUGGGUUGCAGCAAGAGACCGAAGCCGACCUCUCUGGAUUCCUUUGGUCCGAGCGAACGACGCGCCGACGAACGCGCACACAUUUCUGGAGACAUUUCUACCGCGCAAUGGGAGCCUGCAACUCGUGCGAGGCCACGGCGGUGGCGGCGGCGCCGGGGUGGACGGCGGCGGAGGCGCGGGUGGUGCUAGAGGACGGCGCGCUGCGGAGGUUCCCGGGCGGCACGCGCGCGUCGCAGGCCGUGAAGGCGGCCGCCGGCGCGGGCGCGGCCCCGGCCGCCGCGUGGUUCCUGUGCAGCGCGGACGGGCUGGAGCUCGGCGGCGCCGCGGCGGGGCUGGGGCCCGAGGAGGCGCUGCAGCCCGGGCAGCUGUACUUCGUGCUCCCCGCGGCGAUGCGGCGGCGGCCGCUGCAGGCUGAGGAGAUGGCCGCGCUCGCCAUCCGCGCCAGCGCCGCGCUCGUGGGCGACCACGACGGCCCGCUCGUGUUCCCGGAGGACGCCGCCGCCGGGGGAGGCGCCGGCGGCGCGCGGAGCGGCAAGGCGUGCCGGAGGUCCAGGAGGGGCAGCAGCCGCGGGCGGGACUUCGUGCCGGACCUCGGCGCCAUUGCCGAGUAACCACCGGGGGCCGUCCAGCUAGGAGAGAGAGCUAACGGCAGCCUUCGCGUCGACAAGAAAAACUGAAAAAAAAAAUCAACUGUAGCUACGUGUUAACUGAUCAAGCGAAGGCUUUGACUAAUGGUAGCUAGUGUAGGAACGGAACGGAACGGAAGGGAAGUGCAGCUCAGCUCGCAUGUGGCUGCUGGCUGGUGAGCCGGCGUACGUAGAUACGCGGCAGGGUGUACAUGUAGAAUACGCGUAGGUUCGAGAGGUGUGCCCAUGCGGGAGGACUCGCCGUGAUCCAAGGGCCAGUGGACGACGCCCGGGAACCUUGGUUGUGUGUGUCUGACGCGCGGGGCCCGCAUUGAGCUGAGCUGUAACCGCUGGGAUCGACAUGCCGAUGUGGCGAUUCAAUCAACGAGCGAGGAGUCAACGACUCGAAAUUGCCAUUGUUGAUGCAA